CCACCGGUAGCGGCACCGACGCGACGCGAAAAUAAAACGGCGACAGAGACCGCAGCGCCGGGCGGCUCGGCUGGCGUCGACGCGGCUCGCGAGCAGGGACGCCGCAGACAUGAACGGGAUCACCAGGGGCCGCUUCGAGGUGUUCUCCAGCAGCGAUGAAGCUCCCAUUAACAAGAAGCUCCCUAAAGAGCUCCUGCUUAGGAUAUUCUCCUAUCUGGAUGUAGUUACACUCUGUCGGUGUGCUCAAGUCUCCAAGGCCUGGAACGUUCUGGCUCUGGAUGGCAGCAACUGGCAGAAGAUCGACCUGUUCAACUUCCAGACGGACAUCGAGGGCCGCGUGGUGGAGAACAUCUCCAAGCGCUGCGGAGGCUUCCUGAGGCAGCUCAGCCUGCGAGGAUGCCUGAGCGUGGGCGACGCGUCCAUGAGGACUUUUGCGCAGAACUGUCGCAACAUCGAAGCGUUGAACCUGAACGGCUGCACCAAGAUCACAGACAGCACCUGCCUCAGCCUCAGCAAGUUCUGCUCCAAGCUCAAGCAUCUGGACCUCACCUCCUGCGUGUCCGUCACCAACCAUUCCCUCACGGCCCUCAGCGAUGGCUGCCGCACGCUGGAGACGUUGAACCUGUCCUGGUGCGACCAGAUCACGCGCGACGGCAUGGACGCGCUGUCCCGAGGCUGCGCCGGCUUACGGGCGCUGUUCCUCAGAGGCUGCACGCAGCUGGACGACGGCGCCUUAAAACAUCUGCAGAAGCAUUGCCAAGCGCUCACCGCCAUCAACAUGCAGUCGUGCACGCAAAUCACAGACGAGGGCCUGGUGAGUCUGUGCCGAGGAUGCCACAAGCUGCAGAUCCUCUGCGUGUCGGGCUGCAGCAACAUCACGGACGCCUCCCUCACCGCACUGGGACUCAACUGUCCUCGACUCAAGAUCCUUGAAGCUGCGCGGUGUUCUCAUGUGACAGAUGCUGGUUUCACGGUGAUGGCCAGGAACUGCCACGAGCUUGAAAAAAUGGACUUAGAAGAAUGUAUUUUGUUGACCGACAACACUUUGGUUCAGCUGUCCAUCCAUUGCCCCCGCCUGCAAGCUCUGUCCCUGUCUCACUGCGAGCUGAUCACGGACGACGGCAUCCGGGCGCUGAGCGCGAGCGCGUGCGGCCAGGAGCGGCUGAGCGUGGUGGAGCUGGACAACUGCCCGCUCAUCACCGACCUCACCCUGGAGCACCUGAAGAGCUGCCACCGCCUGGAGCGCAUCGAGCUCUACGACUGCCAGCAGGUCACCCGGGCCGGCAUCAAGCGCAUACGGGCCCACCUUCCCGAGAUCAAGGUCCACGCUUACUUCGCCCCCGUCACGCCCCCUCCCUCGGUGCACGGCGGCGGGCAGCGCCUGUGUCGCUGCUGCGUCAUCCUCUGACAGUGGAGGGCCAGGGGGGGCCAACUCUGCCUGCAGGUGCUGCUGCUCUGAAAACCGUGGAGGAGGACAAAGACCGAGAUCUGGUGGGAGGGGAUUGGGGGGGGGGGGGUAUUAGAGGGAGAGGAGGGGCUGGACCCGCUCCACUGCUUCAUGGUCCUACCUGGACCACUACAAAGGCCCCUCCUCUUCCUCACCAGGGCCUUCUCGCGCUUUUGUCGUCCUCCCUUUCGCCCGCCGCGCAUCCAAAAUGGACGAUCACGUGACGCCAAGGGGGCAACAGGAACGCCAUUUUGAGGUUGUGUUUGUACACACAGAGAGAGAGAGAGAGAGAGAGAGAGAGAGAGAGAGAGAGAGAGGGGAAAAAAGAAGACAUUGAAGGCAACUUUUUUUUUUUUUUGCCUAAUUGUUAAUGGUCCUUCCCGGCCAACGCCAGAGCUGCAGUGUCUUCAAAAAUGUAUUAAAGCAUUUGGUAACAACAUCCUGGAUUCGUUUGGCACCACGCCAACUCGUUUGCAUUUGUUGCCCACCUUCCAUUCGCGAUAGAAAGUUUGCAAACCAAAGCCCCGUUUUGACAAUCACACACAUUUGGAAAAAAAAAAUAUAUUGAGCUAAGCCUCUCGCCCCCUCAACGAAAAGGCUCAAGGAUUUGGUGGGGGGUUGGGUAGGAGACUUCCGCCAGGAUGAUUUGUGUGUGGCACAAACAAAAAAAGAUUUAACAAAAAAAGAAAUGGACUGGCCAAGCUGACGGAUGCUAACGCCCUCUCUCUCCUUUGAAAAGCUCUUUAACAGAUUUAUGUUUGAGAAAAUAAACAGAUGGAUAAAUAAAGUGAAACCAAUAGGAAACACA